AUGGAAAAUAAAGAUACUACAAGAUGGGGCUACUGGAGUAGUCGGGGUUAUUUAGUGGGUGCAACCUCCACCUUUCUGUCCACAGUUUUUACUUUUCCCAUUUACAAGACAAUUUUUCGACAGCAGCUUCACACAUUGACCAUUCAGGAUGCCACACUUCAGUUAAGCAGAGAAGGUAUUAAACACCUGUACCGUGGCCUUGUACCUCCUCUCAUGGCAAAAACUGUACAAGGAACCUUGCUUUUCGGCACCCAGGGGAGCUUCCAACAUUUUUUCUCUAGGGGAAGAAUAACCGGAGUGGAAUCUUGUGUUCUUUCUGGAUUUUUAUCUGGGGCAAUAGAAGCCACCCUUCUUGUACCAUUUGAAAGGAUACAGAACAUUCUGCAAGAUAGCCGUAACAAUGCUCGAUUUCCAAGUGCCAGCUCCAUCUUGCAUGAGUUCCAGACCUACAGCAAAAGACAAUAUCUAACAAUUGGAGUUUACAGAGGCUUCACUAUAAUACUAGUCAGAAAUAUGUUGGGAAGUGCUAUUUUUCUUUCCUGUAAAGAGCCAAUGAGAGAUAUGUUGAACAUUCAAGGUCUUCCAGCCUGGGCACCCUCUCUAGGCUCUGGAGCUAUCAAUGGUGCCUUUACCUCAUUGGUGCUUUAUCCAUUAAGUGUUAUGGUAGUAAAUAUGCAGGCAGAGGUGGGACCUGGGCUGCCUGGGGUAAAGGAAGUAGCAAUGAAAGUUUGGAAAAAAAGUGGGGGAAGAAUCACAAUGUUGUACCGUGGAACAUCUCUCAUUGUCCUAAGGUCUUGUAUUACUUGGGGUGUGACAAAUUCUAUUCAUGAUACACUUAGCAGAUAAUGCUUGGAAACACGCAGGGAUGAUAUUUAGCAUUAAUAAAAUUCCAAUAAUACAUUACUUUCUCCAUAGAAUUGAUUGCCCUAUUGUAUGUGUCCUGUCCUUUAUUGCUAUAUAUGAAUGUGAUCAUAUAACUGUAAUAUACAGUAUGAAGCUGUCAUGAAAAGUAAAGUGUUCUUUUUAUGCUAGCACAUAUGACAUAGAAGAUAGAAUAAACCCAUUUAGCAGGAAUAUGUUUGUGUACUUACAUAACAAAAAAUACAUAAAAAUGUUGCUCAUAACAGUGUAGUUCCAUGCACAUAUGUUAUCACUUUUUCACUUCUGCGCACACGUUGGAAGUUGGAACAUAUAGAUGUCUAUAUUCCACCCUUUGAUGGUAUAUCUGAACAGCCUGUUUGUGCAACAUUUGUAGGAUUACAGACUGUGAGCCUUUUUUGUUAGCAAACCAAAAAGUACACUAAUUAGCAAAACCAUGUUGCACUGCAGGUGGCGCAAAUGUAACAUGUGAAAAGAGAUUUAUCCGUUAUGAAUUGAAUAUGUCGAAUUCAUGGUCCUGGGUGGAGGGUUUCGGCUGUUGAGUAGUGUCGAAUCCAAAAACGGUCGAAAAAACGCCGUAAUUCGACCGGAAUUGCAUAUACCCCUUAGAUUUGAGUGGGGUGUGUUUAAACUGAAAUCUAAAUUGCAGUGUAAAAAUAAAGCAGCCAGUAUUCACUCUGCACAGAAACAAUAUAAGCCACCCAAAUCUAAAUCUCUCUGCACAUGUUACAUCCAGUGCCGUAACUAGACAUUUUAGCGCUGUGUGCAAGAAAAAGCAUUGGCGCAGGGGCAGUGCACGCUGUAGGCUCGCGUAAAAUAUAUAGGGGCGUGGCUUCAUGGGGAAGGGCGUGGCCACAAAAUGAAACUAAUUUAUAUUAUUACGCUAUACAGAAGUCACCAUUAUUCAAAUAAUGCCGCACAGUAGCACCACUUACACACAUUACACCAGGUAGAGCCUCUUUUACACAUUACGCCAGGUAGAGCCCGUCACACAUUACGCCAGGCAGUGUCCCCCCCCCCUUUUUUUUUUUUACACAUUACAGCAGGAGAGUCCCCUUUUUUACACAUUACAGCAGGAGAGUCCCCUUUUUUACACAUUAGGCAGGGUCCCCUUUUAUUUACACAUAACGGCAGGCAGUUCCCCUUUUUUUUUUACACAUAAAGGCAGGCAGUCCCCCUUUUUUUUUUACACAUAAUGGCAAGCAGUCCCCCUUUUUCUCUGUUACACAUAAUGGCAGGCAGUCCCCCUUUUUGUAUUUACACAUAAUGGCAGGCAGUCCCCCCCCUUUUUUUUUUUACACAUAAUGGCAGGCAGUCCCCCCCCUUUUUUUUUUUUUUACACAUAAUGGCAGGCAGUCCCCCUUUUUUUUCUUUACACAUAACAGCAGGCAGUCCCCCUUUUUUUUUUUACACACAUAACAGCAGGC